GAAAACUCAAGGCUUUUAUCCGMUAUCAAACUUCCGUUCCUCUUCGAAAAUGUCCGAGAACGGUGCUCGUCUGAACAAAUUCAAGAACAAAGGCAAAGAUGCUAAUGAGCUUCGACGCAGGAGAGUGGAGGUCAACGUGGAGCUUCGAAAAGCAAAGAAAGACGACCAGAUCUUCAAAAGGAGGAAUGUGUCCGCAGCKCCGGACGACGUCACGUCUCCGCUUCAGGAAAGGACCCAGAACUGUCAGGCUUUGAGGCAGUGGUCAGUGGAGGAGAUUGUUGCAGGAGUGAACAGUGAUMAUCCUGAGACCCAGCUCCAGGCCACUCAAGCUGCUCGGAAACUCCUGUCUCGUGACAAACAUCCUCCCAUCGACCAGAUGAUCAGCUCUGGGCUGAUCCCCAAGUUCGUGUCCUUCCUCGGUCUGACGGACUGCUCUCCCAUCCAGUUUGAGGCGUCCUGGGCUCUGACCAACAUUGCCUCGGGGACCGCYGAUCAGACUGCUGCUGUGGUGGCGGGCGGGGCCAUUCCUGCCUUCAUUGACCUGGUCACCUCCCCCCAUCAGCAUAUCAGCGAGCAGGCAGUCUGGGCUCUGGGAAACAUCGCUGGCGAUGGGUCGGCUCUUAGAGACAAAGUGAUUAAACACGGUGCUGUGGCGCCAUUGCUCAGUUUGCUGGCAGUUCCUGACCUCACUGUAUUUACUCCUGGCUAUCUGAGAAAUGUGACCUGGACCCUUUCCAACCUGUGCCGGAACAAGAACCCCUCCCCUCCUAUGACCGCCAUCCAGCAGAUCCUGCCUUGUCUCAUCCGCCUCCUGCACCACCACGACCUGGAGGUGUUGGCUGACGCGUGCUGGGCGGUCUCCUACCUGACMGAUGGCUCUAAUGACCGCAUUGACGUGGUGGUCCAGACCGGUCUGAUCCCUCGCCUAGUGAAGCUACUUGGCUUUCAGGAGCUGUCUAUAGUUACUCCCGCGCUGCGUGCCAUCGGCAACAUUGUGACCGGUACUGACGAGCAGACUCAAACCGUGCUGGAUUCUGGAGCCCUGUCCAUGUUCCCCCAGCUGCUGCGCCACAAAAGGCCCAACAUUCAGAAGGAGGCAGCCUGGACUCUGUCCAACAUCACCGCUGGGAGGGACUCUCAGAUCCAGGAGGUCAUCAACGCAGGCCUCGUCCCGUACGUGGUCGAGCUGCUUGUGAGGGGUGACUACAAAACGCAGAAAGAGGCUGUGUGGGCUAUUACAAACUUCACCAGCGGGGGCACUAUUGAGCAGGUGGUCUUCUUGGUUCAAGCCAAUGUGCUGGAGCCUCUCCUGAACCUGCUGUCCUCUAAGGACAGCAAAACUGUCCUCGUCAUCUUGGAUGCACUCACUAAUAUCUUCUUGGCUGGAGAAAAAAUUGGCGAAUCAGACAAGCUGAGCCUGAUGAUCGAAGAAUGUGGAGGACUAGAUAAGAUCGAGGCGUUGCAGUCUCAUGAGAACGAGAUGAUCUACAAAGCUGCCCUGAACCUGAUUGAGAAGUACUUCUCUGAGGAGGAGGAAGAGGUGCAGAGCGUGGCACCUGAAGCCACUGAAGAAGGUUUUGCGUUCCAAAUCAGUGAAAACCAGAGCACUUUCAAUUUCUAGAGGACUUUCCUCUCCUCUACUGUGACCUCAUUCCUACUGUCUGUUCAUAUCUGUGUGGUUCUUCAUGUGUUGUACAUGCUGUUUUUUUUUUUUUCUUUUACCAAAGCGAGUCUGUAAAUAAAGUUGUUGAAUCAUU